CACUGAAGCUAUCUUGAAGAUCAGCGUACGAUGGUUCAAUAGUCGGGAUAUGUACUUGUGGGGACAAUAUUAUUGUUACACGUACAUAAAUAACAAGAACGGCCGGUCGGCUAGCUGAGAGCCCUGAUCACAUAUGUAAUCGCAUAUGAAUUGUACACUACAUAUACAUGUACAUACGUGCAUAUUGAAAUGACAAUGUUAUUCGCCGCUUGGUGCAGCACUAUACGCGAGGUGCAGAAACUUCGGGCGUGAAAAUUCUCACUUCCUCUUCGAGAUCAUUUGAUCAUAGUGAUUAAUUUCGAUACGACAUUAUUACUGAAGAACAAACCUAAUUAAAGGAAUAUUAUAAAUAUGGGCACUGUCAAAGAUAACGAGGAAUACUGGAACAGCAUAGAGAAAUUGUCGUUCUCUUUUGAGAACAAUGAGAUGGGCCAGUUGUUUAAGACGUCAAAUACUGAUACAGAUAAACUGUGGGCCGAUACCUGUGGCAUCUCAACGUCAGAAGGGUCGCAGAAGAGAACGGAUGAUUAUAAAGUGUUGAAACCCUUGUUGUCAGUGAUAUCAGAGAAAACACUUUGCAGCAUUUUGGCAACGGAUAAAUCGCAGAAAUUUCAAUCUGAAACAAUCGUUCAUAAACCGGAUGUCACGCUUCGAAAGAUUUUAAUCGGCGAAUCGUACUCGUUAGAACCGUAUAAAUCACUUGCCAGUAAAACAGCCUUACUGGAUGCAGCUAUUGCAAGUGGAAAUGGAAAUGCAAUUUUAAUAAUUGUUCUGUUCCUCACAAAAACGCUGAAAAGGUCUUUAGUCCAAAGAAUAUUGGCAGAGAGAAAAGAUGCAGUAAACGUGUAUAUUCGAUAUCUAUCGACAAGAUUGCAAAUAAAUGAGAUUACAGACAUUUUAACCAUGCUAGGACAACCGGUGGAUGCUGCGAUGAAAACGUUACACAUAAUUAUAAAAAAUACUCGCGAUCCGGAUAGACUAUUAAGCAAACUUCGUAAUUGCUACAAGACACAAUUUUCGACCUUGGCUGACUGCAGAGAAGCUUCGUUUGUUCAAUCGUAUAUUAAGUUCUUGGAAUGGCAAACAACAGUUAGGAAGAUACAUGGCAAUGAAGAAUUAGAAUUAAACACGUCUGUCCUCGAGUGUCUAAGACAUGUUAGUAAGGGCCAUUGGAAUUUACCAGAAGGCACUCUAAUGUCCCCUGAAAUAUUAUCUCAGGUACAUAAUAUAUCUCCCAGACAAUAUCAGAAAGUCGCAUUAGAAGUGAGAGCAUCAGCUGGCGAAUGGGAAGACGUAGACGGACUCCUCCUGACAAAAGGUUGGCUGGGAAGCAAAAAAUUACAAUUACAUCUACCAAUUGAAGACGUAAUCAAAAUAUUGUAUAAAAAUAAGGCGCCCACUCACAUCCUUGAGAAAUAUUUAAAACAUGUCGAUAACGUUGAAAAAAGACUGGAAUUAGCUAAAAAUAUGCAUUGUUUUAGGAUAGUAAUAGAUAUUUUUGUACAGUUAGCAGACCGUGCUGCCUUAACGGAAUACAAGACUAAGUUGCAGCCACAAUCGGAGGAAUACUUCUACGCUGAGAAUGCAUUACGUUUACCAACAAUUAAAUGGAAAAGUUAGGCCUAAAAGAUCGUCUCCCCUUAGAAGAUUACAAAUAUGCGAAAUGAACUUGUCACGUUUUUACCAUACAUGGUGUACGAGAAUAUGUAGGCAUAAUUUUGAGGACACCAAAAUAAGAAAGAACUUCAUAUUAGUGCCUAAUACAAUUUUAGUUCCUAGUUAUAUAUAUUACCAUUUUUUGUGUUGCAUUAAUUAUUCUCUCGAUGUCCUCAAAAUCGUCCGAAAUGACAUAUUCUGUAUCGAGUAAAAGUUUCUUUUGGCUCAUUCAAAAUGAUUAAGGUGAUGCAUAUUCGGAUUUAUUGACCUUUUUUUAGUAUAGCGACAGAGUAUGUAGCUGUUGCUGUGUUCCAAACUAAAAAAUUCAGUUUCAGAAACUGCUGCUAUAUAUUCUAAUACACCCUGUAUACAUAUAUGAAUAAACAAAUUAAAAACUAUUUACAUAAACGUAUCAAAAAUUGUAAAACUUAAAUGAAUUUCGGUGAAAAGAGUGACUCCUUGUAUUUAAACAAUAUUGCGAUAAAUAUUUAUUAUGUUAACGAUA